CACAACAACAUAGACAUAAACAAACCUUGGUCCUAGCUUCCAUUCACCACGACAGCCUCAGGGUCCUCGAAUGGGACAAACUCUCCGAUUUGGUCUCUUCCUUCACCACCACUUCCUUGGGCCGUCGCGCCCUCAAGUUUCUUUAGAUUCUAUCAAGCAAGCAAGAAUCUUUACUAUGGGUGUUCAUGGAACAGGAUCAAUUAUGGUCCCAGAAUCGAACUUAUGAAGAAAGUCUCAAACUUCUCGAAGAAACCAAUGCUGCUGUUCAAAUGCACAAUCAUGGCUCUUGCAGGUUGCACUUUGGUCACAUUGAUGCUAUGCUGGUGCAAACUGCGAUUCAAAAUGCACGGAGAACCAUACCGGUUACUGGCUAUGAGGCGAGAGCUGUUUUGGCUCUUCUUCAGAGUUCUGAUACAUUGCAGGGUGAUUUAAAGACUACAAUUAAGCAAGAUAAAGAUUGGUAUAGUCGUUUCAUGCCUCUUACAGAAGUGAUAAUGGAGUUUGUCGUUAAUCGAUCUUUAGUUAAAGAGAUAGAACAAGUUAUUGACGAAGAUGGCUCUAUCAAGGACUCUGCGAGUCCAGAGUUGAAAAAGUCACGUCAACAAGUGCAAGUGCUUGAGAGAAAGGUACAACAAUUAAUGGAAAGCUUAGUCAGAAAUGAAAGGAGUGAAACAUCAAUGCUUGAAGUGAAUAACAUUGAUGGUAGGUGGUGCAUAAGAGUGGAUUCUGGACAGAAAACAAGUUUUAAGGGUCUAUUGUUAUCCAGUUCAGGAGUAGGAAGUACUGUAGAACCACUUUCUGCUGUUCCCUUAAAUGAUGAGUUGCAGCGAGCAAGAGGUUUGGUUGCAAAGGCCGAAGCAGAAGUGCUCUUGACAUUAACCAAAAAGAUUCAGCUGGAUGUUGAUGAUAUUGAAAAUAUACUAAACAGUUUGGUUCAGCUAGACGUGAUUAAUGCCCGUGCUACGUAUGGUCUUUCAUUUGGAGGAUCAAAUCCUCAUAUAUUUCUGCCUGAUAGUAAUAGCUCUUCUACUGCUCAAUCCUUAACAAGAAAUGACAAUUCCAAUGGACCGUUAUCCAGCAAUAGGGAAUGGAUAUUGCAUCUUCCCAAAGCUUAUCAUCCUUUAUUGCUCCAGAGCCACAGGGAAAAAUCAAAGAAGGCCAAAGAAGAUGUCGCUACUUCAGUUGCUGCUCUGGACAAAGGCCAACCACAGCCAGUACCGGUUGACAUUUUGGUAUCUAAUAAAACUCGUGUUAUAGUUAUAACGGGCCCUAAUACUGGUGGUAAAACGAUAUGUUUAAAGACUGUAGGAUUGGCUGCUAUGAUGGCAAAAUCAGGUCUCUAUGUUAUUGCUUCAGAAUCUGUGCAAAUUCCUUGGUUUGAUUCUGUUUUUGCUGACAUCGGUGAUGAGCAGUCCUUAUCACAGUCUCUGUCUACGUUCUCUGGUCACCUGAAACAGAUAAGUAAUAUUAAAUUACAAUCAACAAGACAGUCACUGGUGCUACUAGAUGAGGUAGGUGCAGGAACAAACCCCCUUGAAGGAGCAGCACUAGGAAUGUCAUUAUUGGAAUCUUUUGCGCAAGACGGUUGUUUAUUGACAAUAGCAACGACUCAUCACGGUGAACUUAAAACCCUAAAAUACAGUAAUGACGCCUUUGAAAACGCAUGUAUGGAGUUUGAUGAAGUAAAUUUGAAGCCAACUUACAAAAUUCUCUGGGGCAUACCUGGGCGCUCAAAUGCAAUCAAUAUAGCCGAGAGGCUGGGACUGCCAUCUGCUGUUAUAGAUACUGCUCGUAAGUUAUAUGGUUCUUCUAGUGCGGAGAUUGAUGAGGUGAUUACUGAUAUGGAGAAGUUAAAACAAGAUUACCACCAGCGAUUAACUGAAGCACAUUAUUAUCUGAUACAAUCCAGAAGACUUCACAGUAGUCUAUUGAACACCAGGAGAAAGAUCACGGAACAUAGUACUAGUCUUCAGCUUAAAAAACUUAGAGAUGUAUCUGAGUCUGCAGCGAUGGCAAGAUCCAUUCUUCACAAGAACGUCAGGGAGCUGGGUGCAUCAGCUAAGAAAUCUUCUCAGCACAAUAAAACCAUUAAGAGCUCUCAUGUAUCAACAACAACAAACAACCUCCAUACUGCAUCAGAUAACAACAAAUCUACUAUUACAGAUAGAAGUCCAUCUGAUGUUAAAAAAAUUGACAAAUCGUCAGAAGAUAGGUUUGCUGUUCCUAAAGUUGGUGAUACAGUGCAUGUCUCUUCCCUUGGGAAAAAAGUGACCAUUUUGAAAGUGGAUUCAUCCAAAGGAGAAAUUGUAGUUCGAGCUGGAAUCAUGAAGUUGAAGCUAAAAGUAACUGACAUUCAAAGAUCAUAAAUGGGUAAGUGUUUUUUUGUGCAAUUGAAUUGAGUUUGAUCAUAAAUUCUGCUCAUUAAGACGGAGUGUAAAUAGUAAUUAGUUGAAGUUUUUUUAUAUCAUAUUUAGAAUUAGCAUUCAUAAUUUUCUACUGAAUUGGUGCUCUGAUUACUGCCACUUGUAUUCUUUAAAUACAUCUUAUUAAUUAUUUUACUAAAUAUGAAAUACAGAGUAUAUUUCUACGAAUGAUGUUGUAUGUCACGAAAUUUUCUUCACAGCUAUGUCACGACGAUGGCAGUUAUAUAGAUGUGAAAUAAUAUUCUUCUGUAUGUCACACUAUACCCUCUGUGUUUUCAGGCAAAGACCCUAGUUUAAUUGGUUGUUGAAUUAUUUGUGGAGCUUUCGCGAUUAAGUCAGUCGUGCUAAAUAGAUUUGAUGUAUUUCUAUAUGGUAUCAUUCACAUCAAGAAUUCCAAUGGUUUUUGCUUCCGUUCUGUUUUUCUUUCAUUCCAUAUAAUGUUUGACUUCGUGUAUUCAGUUCCAACAAUCACUUGGAACAUUUCUCAUCCAAAAUUGAAAUAUCUCAACCAGUUCAAGUAUACCGUGAAAACCACCAUGUUCAAAUCACAACAAUGUGACUGAGCAAUGCUAACUAUUUUUGAUGGUCGCACUCCGUUUGUUGUAUCUCAGAAGGAUAUGGUGGGUGCAGACUGCAUUGGAUGUUGGAACAUGGUUAGUCAAUUCCGUGACGGAAGGGGUAAGUGUAAAUUAUGUGUUAAGCUACUCCAAAAUACAUUGGGAUUCUGAAAUGUACUUUGAUAUGAAAAAUCAAUCUCAAAUUUAUGAAUUAACACUAAUUUGAAGAAAAUCAGAAAGCUGAAGAUUCACCCACAAUGAUUUUUUAAUGGAUAUGAGUGGAAGCCACCUGAAGACAACAAACAUUACAUGAAAAUGAUGAAUGUUAGUCGUCUCUUCAAGUUUCUUGUAGGUUUGAUUGUGGAAUUCAAUGAGGUUCAUCGCCAAAUGCUAGGCAAAAAUCCAAUCCCUCUAUUUAUUGAAGUCUUUGCAAAAUAACUUCUCAAAGAGAGUCGUCGGAAAACUGUGCUUGAAAGAAAGACAAUUGUUGUUCCUCCACCUAUAGAAGGAUUUGUCUUAGCCCUUUCUCGUGUUAAUCACAAACUGCUUCCUAAUCAACAAUGUGGGGACAAGACUUAUUUAUUUUGUGACUAUUGUGGUCGCAAUCAUCUCACUUGAGAAACUUGCUUUAAACUACAAGAGAGGCCAAACAAUGAAAACCAUCUUAUGUCUACGAGCAAAUGAGGCUGACAUUUGUCUCUGUUUACGAAGGAGCAUAUGGAUCACCUUCUUAAGUUUCUAAAGUUUAAUUCAUCCUUUAGUGUUCAUGUUGGAAUUGUGGCAUAAACAUAUAAGGAUCCAGGGGGCUCAGAACACAUGGUUAAUUGCUCUCAUCUAUCCGGUUCUUAUUUUCCUAGUUCAAGUUUUGAAAAAGUUGGGAUAGAUGAUGAUAGUUAUUAUAGUAUGGCUUACAAAGACAUCAUAAAUUUUUUAGAGCAAAUCACUUUGCAAUAUGUUUUACAUGUUUUUAAAUUUGUUUGCAAUCUUCUUUCUGUUCAUAAUCUGUCUAAGAAACUAAUUGUUUUGUUCUUCUAUUUAGUUUUUUAGAACUACAAUUCAUGGAAAAUGAUGGGAAUUUUUAGAGAGAUAAAUAAGUUGUACUUAGGCACAAGAAGUGCCAAAGGACAACAAAAAACCCAACAACAAAAGCAACCAAGCUAUAACUCAAAACUACUGCUCCACCAACAAAAGAACAAGGAACAGGAGGCAAAAAUCAAACCAUUUCAGCAUAAUGUCACGAAUUUCCCUCUAUUCAAUGGGAGAGGGGUGUGGAAAUGGUGUCCUGAACCAAGCAGGUCCACAUUGUUGAAUGGCAAAUGGUGCCAUGGUCGAGACAAGUUUUUUACAGUUGAAAAACAUAUCAAAGUAGGUCUCAAAAGCUUCCUUAGACGCAUCUUUGCCAUCAUCUGGAGUAAGUUGAGCAAGCCUCAGACCUUCGAUACCACCUCUAGUUUAGGCAAUAUGCUGGAUUUCAGAGAAUGUUCGAAAGUGACAUUAAGUCACAACUGUAGGAGCCAGAUGGGGCCACCCACCUGGCAACUUUUAGGAUUUUUUUCAUUCCUUGAGGUCACGAGAUGCUAACCCCAAAGAUUCAUAGAGGCCACAUAAGAUCAGUUUGUUGAGGCAAAUAUUCCUCCCCUCACAAAGUUGGGUGGCCAGAGGUACAAAUAUUUUGGCCAAUAAGAUGGAGCGGGAACAGAAAACAUAACGAGAAAGCCAAUAAGAAAAGCUAUGUGUUCAUGAUCUCUCACAUUAUGCGUCGAAGCAUAAUGCUCGUCGUUGAAUGUGCUAUAGUCUGUUUUGGUAAAUAAAAAUUCGGGUUUGGUCUUAGUGAUUGCUGAAGGUUCAAAGGGUACUCCAGUUGGUCGAAGACCAACAAUAGCAACGAUGUCGAAGAGCGUAUGGGUUACGAUCCCACAAGUUAGUUGAAAUGUAUUGGUGGUGGUUUCUCAUAAGCACAUGGCAGUAAGGAGCAUAUGAGGGUUAUACCCAGGGCCAACUCUUGAGAGUUUUAUUAGGUCAAAAAUAUCCUGGUCUUUCAAUAUUUGUUUCUUCUUUUGUUGAUCCCUAUUCAGCCCCUGGAUAUAUGAAGAGUCGUCAUCAAUCGGAGGAGAUGAUCGAAAUAUCUGAUUCUUCAUGAAGCUAAAAUCAAAAUGGGCAUCAUGGAAAACCAAGGGUUCACAUGAAGGGUAGCUGGGGAAGAAACGUUUCAGAACAUAAGGUUUCUUAACAUGCCUAAGAUGGAGACUCAUGAAAGCGAAAGUGGUACCUGAAAUGGAGUAAGGAAUCAGUGCUUUAGAAUACCAAACUAUUAUUUUCCCGUCCUCCAGGGGAGGCUCCGGGACAUAUGGGCGAUCAUCUAUAAGAAGGGGGCCUUUAAUGUUGGCAGGAAAAUGAGCGUAUGGAGCAGGCUUGAAUGCGCGUUUAGGAGCCAUUGUUGAUUCUCAAAAGCUUUUUAAGAAGAAAAUGUGUGGAAAAAGAUAAUAGGAGUCACAAAAGCUAUCUAGGGUUUUUCUUUCUUUUCCAGGAAAGGAAAUGGUGAAAGAGGAGAGAUUUGUUGAAGGAGCAUUUAAAUAGCCAGAAAAGAGGAAGGAAACAUUUUGAUUUCCCUCCAAAAGGAUGGAGACAACUGGC